ACCAAGAGGAGCGACGCAACCCCCUCAGAAACGCUGCAGCUCAUGGGAACGUUCUGGCACAUUGACGAAGUAUCUCAUGCAUCGGGGAAGUCCAAGGACAUCUGGCGGGAAUCCAAGUCGCCCAGUGCGAAAAGACACGGCAGCUCAUCGUGGAGGGACAGGGUGAGGCAGUCUACGAAAAGUUCUUGGUGUGGCCAGGUUGGAUCAACUUCAAAAGGGUCUGGAAGGAGGAGAACGGCGAGGUCCUGGCGGACCCCGGCCGCACUCUGUUCCUCUCGACGCGUUGCAGGUGCUUGACUUCCCCGAAGACAGACCAGUGCGCGUGCAAGAUCCACACGCAGCAAACUUAUCACCUGGCUGCGCUUCGUGAGGUUGACGUGCAGGGGCGUGACGCGUGCAACUUUCGGUGGUGCAGCGUGGAGAAUGGAGGCUCCGAGUGGAAGAAGAUGUGGUCGAACCUUGGGUCUUUCUCGGAAACCAUUGCGUCCCCAAAGGUUGACCUGCGAGCUGGGGACCCCGACGCCACGGGUGAGUUCAUGGGGCGGAAGCCGGAAUGCGGUUCUUCGGACUGUGAGGUCUGUGGGUUCGGGCGGGAGGGGGGCCUUCCCACGUGCAAGGCACUGGAGGAGUCCCAGCAGCUGGUAGAGUGGACGCGCUACGGAGAUCUAGACAGGGAGGGGAAGAAACCGCUGCCGAACCAACUAGUGACGAAGGAGGGCAAGCUCUGCGAUCUUUGGACGGAUUUCAAGCAGCACAGCAAGGUGUACAUGGAUCUCCACACGAAGACCAUGUGGGGGAGGAACUGCCACAGGGAGGACGCGUUCUGACGGCAUCAGGAGGAGCAAGAAGACGACCGCAGUGAGUGUGAGGCAUAUCGCCCUCCUUGGCGUGAACUUGAAGGG